GUUGACAUUUACUUUCAGUUAAAAUUUUUACAAUUAAUUUAUUAUUUUUUUUUAAUAAUAGAUUAUAUUAUAGCAAUAGUAUUUUAAAUUAUUUUUGUUUAAACAAAAACCUUACUUUAACUAGUCAAUUAUUAACUGAACAGUGUUUUAGUAUAAUCCAUCCUGCUUACGUGUUGUGACAAAAAAUAAUGAAAUAAAAGUUAAAUUAAGUCCACACCAGCCUAGUUAUGAAUAAGAAACCAAGAAUAGGUCCUAAAAUACGAAUAACACGCCCAGCAUUACGCCGGAAGCCAGAGAAUUUACCACCAAAUUUCGACGGAAAGAAUUUCAUUUAUACUUGCCAAUACUGUUGUGUAAAAUUCACCCAAAACAGUCAUUUCUUUCGACAUAUGACGUCGAACCACCAAACUCAGCAACGACAAGCUACUUUUGAAUGCAAUGACUGUCAGAUCAUGUUCAAAAGAAAGAGUAACUUGGAUAUACAUUGCCAAACUCAGCAUCAGAUCAAAAGUAAGUCAAAAUGCGAGGCUUGUGCUAUUACGUUUAAGUCACGUUACUGCCUUCGACAACACUUAAAGUUGAAACAAAUUUUAGCUGAAAAUUCAUGUAUCAAAUGUCAGAAAAAGUUUACAAGCAAAGAUAAACUGAAUAAACACUACAACAACAAACAUACAUACAAAAAUGUAACAUUUGAGUGUGAUUUCUGCUUUCUAAAGUUUAAAGCAAAGGAAUCGCUACUAACUCAUUUGAAAAGAGUCCAUAAACGGUUUAGAUUCUUGUAAAAUUAACAGUUUACCCACCCGUGGCCUUAUAGUCUUGAGAUUUUAGAUUAUUAUUUAUUCACAAGAAAUUCAUGAAUAAAAUGUAUUUUACUUCUCUUUUAAUACCAAAAACCUUUUUUUAACAAUUUUUAUGUUUUAAAAGCACUUCGAAUAUCUUUUGUAAGUGCUUCCAUUCAUUGAUUAUAUGAUAUUUAAUUUAAUGGUUUAAUAAGUCUAUCUCUUCUGUGUUUUUUGUUUAAUGUAUUCAUGAAUUGUCUGCUUAAAUGUUCAUUCUUUUUAGAUUAAUUCUAACUUGUUACAAAUAUAAACUCGAAUAUUGUGUUUAGGGCCAUGUCAAAUCUUUCAAAUAAUAACCUUUUUUUGAACCUGUUUACUACUUUUAUUUCUUAGAGUUUAAUUUCAUUAAUAACUGCUAUACUAUUGUCUCAACACAUUUUGAUACAAAAAGGUCCAAAUGUAUUUUAUUAAUUUUUAAAUAUUGGAAUAAACAUAUUUUUGGUAUAUUCAGUUUAAAAUGUUUGUUACUAAUUAAUGUAAUUAAAUUUUUACAAAAUAAUUAAGCUUUGUUUAUAUCUUCAUUGUUAUAUCAUAUCUGUUAAUGCAUCUAUUAAUUGAGGGGUAAAAGCUAAUAAUUUUAAACUUCGGCUUGUUGUGCCUUUCAAGAUUUUAAAUUUAAGUUUUAUUAAGAAACCUGUUGCUUUUUAGAUGUGUUUUAAGUUUGGUACAACAAUUUAAUAAUCCUUUUUACUAAGCUAUAUACCCAACAGCAGCACUGUAUACUUAAUAUGUAUUAAUUAAAUUAAAGGUAUCCAUUUGUAAAGAUAUGAGAGUAGUAUUUCAAUAAAUCAGCGCAGUACAUCCAGCUGCAAAGUGAUAUAUAAUUUACUAUUACGGUAAUGGCAUGAGGGGAGACUGUAUAUUAUAGUCUAUAGUCUAUAGCCAACAAUAAACUACUAUUACUACUAUGAUAAACAGGAAGGAAGUUACUUUGAAAAGGGAAAGUUUUUUAAAGUACAUAUUGUUUUGUGUUCAUUAUUUGAAAGUUGUUAUAUAUUUUAUCUUUAUAGAAUUGGUACAACUCAAUUAUAGAAUAAGUAUUAAGUGUGGUUAAUGAGUACUUGUUUCGUCGAUCAUGAAUGAGCAGCCAAUAAAUAGAUAAGAAUUUCGAUUUCAUUUGAGUUUGAUACAAAAGCCGAUGCAAAAAAUGGCCACAAAUGGGAAUUUACGUUCUAAAGUCGAUUUCAGUUAAUUAAAUGAAAUUUAAUUGUAUGACGUAGUAUGUAUACUUUUAAUCGUGUAAAUUAAUAUGCGUGAAGUGAAUUCUGCCAUUUUUUUAGUAAAUGUUUGAUAAAUUCUUUUUAACCGUUGUACACGGUCAAACAAUAAGUUGUGGUAAAUAAUGAUGAAUCAUUGCUUUCACUGUAACAAAACCUCAAGACUGUAUGUUAGUUCUAACAUAAAAAGGUACAAAAAUUGUGUUAAAUGACUUACUAAAACAACUGAAUACCUAGAAAGGUAGAGAAAGUUUUUUGAUAUGUUUCAACUUAGCAACAUUAAUUGCUAUGCGGACGACAGCACUUGGGUCUUUAUACCGGGUCAUACAGGUAUUUCUCGGGUAGUUGUCGACCUGUGAAACUCCGCUAGUGGAGUCUCGGACUGCGGUCGAUUAUAUCUAGUCCAAUUUAACACAAGCUUGCGCGCAUCAUAAAAACACCAUAGGUCGCAACUCUUCUCUUCGAAGAUACUACUUAAUGUCACCUAGCAUCGGAAUACUGUGCGUUGAUAUAUCAAAUAACGUUCAGUUUCGCGGUCAUUUGGAGGGAAAGGCUAAUUUAGCCUCCAAGAAGCUUGGUGUGCUUAGCAAGCCGAGACGGUACAUUACUCCGGUCCACCGAUUGCAAAUCUAUCAAGCGCAAAUUCAGCCCACAUGGAGUACUGUUCUCACCUCUCUUGGCAUUUCGUAGAUAUAUUGGGUCUAUCUGCACUUUCUACCGCUUUUAACAUAGGGAGUGGUUCAGAGGAGUUGUCCGGAUUAAUUUCUGCAGCUGAGUUUCAAUUUGACUGAGGGCGUACCAACUCUUAAAGUGCCGGCAAAGCACUUGCGAGCCCUCUGGCAAUGUUGAGUGUCUAUGGGCGGCGAUAUCACCUAAAAUCAGUGAUGAUUAUCGUUCUCAUCUUGGAGAACCUCCUGCCCGUUUGGCCCCUGUUAUAUAUUCCUAAAACGAUAAGUGAAAUCAGGCCAAUGACAUCCUUUGAGCUUAAGUAAACACUACACAUCCUUUCUUUCAAAUUGAUUUGACCAACUUUUUGAAUUUUAACAUCAUUUGUACUUUAGUUUAAACAGGGUUUAAAGAUCAAUUUUAGUUUUAAGUGAAGGUCUAAGUAAAACUUAAUCUACUGACAUUAUUUGUUGCAAGGCAGCAUGUUUGAUAGAUUAAAUUUCUGGCUAUAAUUUUGUAGUUUUAGUCAUAAUAUACGUAUUAGUGAGGUUAAGAGUAUGAUUCAAGAGUCUAAUCUUAGUGGGACUCCUGUAUGUCAAAAAUAUAUUGGUUUGAGCAA